UUAGUUCUGGAGGGAGAAGGACUGAGACAGACGGGGACUUUUGGACAGAUGAAUCGGGAUUGCUGGAUCCCUCCCAGUCAGGAGACAAGAGACGCUGCUGGAUAUGGUCAACGGUGACACCAAGAUUUCUCACACGUUUGGAUGCCUAAGUGGAGAAGAGAAAGUGUUCUACUAGUGGAAAACGGGCAACAAAAAGCUGGGUGGGGAGAACACCUGCUUCGAGAUGGCUGGAAUCUUGGUCACUGCACUGAUGUUAUUCCUGAUUAAGAAGGUUUGUGAAGGGGAGCCAACGGUUGGGGGACCAGACAGAGUAGUUGACCAACAUGGCACAAACAAACUGGUCUACAUUACAUCCCAGUGGGCCCUCCAGUUGGUCAAUGACUCUCUGCCUUUCUCCAGAGCCAACAGCUUCUGUAGAAGCCAGUUUGCUUCCCUUCUUACUUUAAAUGAAUCAGAAAACCAUGAAGAUUUGCUGGAGCUUCUUCGUCAAACUGGAACACGUUCAUCCGUCUGGGUUGGGCAAUCCUCCAAGCCUGCUGCACCCUCCAAGCAAUAUUUGCAGAUCUCAGCUCUGAGUUUUCCAAAGGAGUCACAUGAAGGCUUUGCUCGUGUGAAUAUAUCCUUUCCUGCCCUGUCAGCCAUUAGCAUGUGCGUCCGAGUACAGUGGGACAGAGACUGGAAUGAUGUCUCUACCAUCUUCUCUUACGCUGCGCCUGUCUUUACCAAUGAGUUUCAGCUGAGAGGCCAGUUGGAUGUUCAGGGUCGCGUCCUACUGGCUCUCAUCAUCCAUGGGAAGCACCUUCCAUAUAAGGCAUCCUUCCCAAAUGAUGGAGCAUGGCAUCACAUCUGUGUCACAUGGCGUCGGAGUGGCAACCACUGGGCCAUCUAUGUGGACGGAGAGAGUAAAGACACAGGCUCAGGGACAGACACAAACAGAGAUAUCCACGGGGAUGGGAUUCUGAUCCUCGGUCAGGACCAGGACUCUUUUGGUGGAAAUUUCACUGAACCUUUUUUCGGGAAUAUCACUGACUUGAAUGUGUGGACGAUGGGCUUGGAAUCAAGACAUAUUCGGGCCCUGAACUCAUGUUCAACUUUGUCCCAGGAUAUGCUUUUCAAAUGGAGCCUUGACCGCAUAAGCAGCCACCCUGCAGUGAAGGAGGUUCAGACCAGUCUGGUUUGUCCAGCAGCAUACCCUCAGGUGGAGUUACAGGACUGCAGGACGCUGCAGGGCUGGACCAAUCAGCUGCCAGCCUGGGGUCAGACAGAGUGCUCAAAUCUGCUGCCGUUUGUUUGCAGAAGCACCAAAGAACGAUACUUGAAAAUGAAGCAGAUGAGCGAAUCUCAGAGUGUCCGGCCGUCUGCCUUUAUGAACCAUCUGAUGAUGCUUUCCAACAGGACCCAGCCAAUUCUAGCACAGCUCCCAACAGACCUGAACAACUUGGCUCAGGCCUCAGUCCUGCUGAACAUCUCUGCCCAGGCUCUGGAACACACCCCGCAGGGGGAACUGCAGCCAGCAGACAUGGUGUCCCUGAUCCAGCUGCUGUCUCUGACAGCUGACAUCCCCAUUCAGCCUCCUACCCCUCUGGAAAACAGCAGCCAGGAUGGCGUCCUGGAACUCAGUCAGCACUUUGUCAGUGUGGCUGAUAGCAUCAUUUGUGAUGAAAACAGGCUUAAGUGGCAGGCCAUCAAAGAGGUGGUGAACGGCCCCAUGGAUGUUGUGAAGAGUAUUGACAGAAUGGUGACCCACCUGAGCCCUCACUUGAUGUCGCAGACCGAUCAGCUGACCAUUACCAGCCCCAACAUUAAGUUGGAACUGCAACAGCAGAAGCUUCAGGAGGGAAGCAAAGUAUCAAGCUUCUGCGGACCUGACACUGAAAGCCACGCUCAUCUCGACUGUAUUUCUGUGCCACCUCAGAAAAUACAGGAUCUCCAUAGCAACGGGUUCUAUAAAAUCACCUUGGUCAACACGUGGUACGGCUCUCUGCGGCCUCUAUUCAAUCCAGAGGAGAACAUCACUAUGGUGCCCACCGUCACUGACGGAAGCCAAAGAUAUUUGGGAACUUUCCUGGGCUCUUCUGUCGUGUCCACCACUGUUCUGGGUGAUGACCAGCCCGUUAGCAUGGCCGUUAACUUCCAGCUCCAGCACAGAGUGGAGAAUUCUCUCGGCACGGUGUAUGAUCCAGUGUGUGCCUUCUGGGAUUUUGAUCUCAGUCCAGAGACUGGUGGCUGGUGGAAUACUAAAGGCUGCAAAGUUGUGUCCAGACAUUAUGGUCACACCGUGUGCUACUGCAACCACACCACCAACUUUGCUUUGCUGCUGCAAGUCUAUGAAGCUCAGAGGAGCCCAGAAAACGAAAAAGCUCUGCAGGUGCUGACGUUCAUUGGCUGUGGAGUGUCUAUGUGUGGCCUCCUCUUCACCUUCAUCCUCUUCAUUGCUGUGGGUGUCCCUAAGUCUGACCGCACCACAGUCCAUAAGAACCUGAUAGUUGCUCUUGGUGUUGCUGAGCUGCUUUUAAUGUGCAGCGAUUGGGCCUCUGACAACCGGGCAGCGUGUUUUUUGGUGACUGCACUCCUCCACCUCUUCUUUAUGGCCUCCUUCUCUUGGAUGUUGGUGGAGGGCCUUCUGCUCUGGAGCAAAGUUGUGGCAGUCAACAUCAGUGAGGACAGAAGGAUGAAGCUGUAUUACAUCAUUGGAUGGGGAGUGCCUGUUCUGAUUGUUGGUCUAACAUUGGCGGUAUCAGUGGACAAGUACAAAGCCGAAGAUCACUGCUGGCUCAACGUGCAGACUGACACAAUCUGGGCCUUUGUGGGCCCUGUUGUUUUUGUCUUGGCGGUCAAUGCAGUUGUGCUGUGUCGGGUUGUCAUGGUGACCGUUUCCAGCGCUCAUCGACGAGCUAAGAUGCUCAGUCCAAGUUCAGCAUCAAAGAUGCAGACCUUUGACCUCACUUGGGCUGUCACUCGCCCGGUUCUCAUCCUGCUGCCAGUCCUGGGUCUGACUUGGCUGUGUGGAGUCCUGGUCCACCUGUCUGUGGUCAUGGCUUAUGUGUUCAUCGCUCUCAAUUCUUUCCAAGGCCUCUAUAUCUUUUUAGUAUAUGCUGUUUACAACAGUGAGGUGAGGAAUGCCAUCAAAAGGAUCAAAGAAAAGCGAAAGGCCUUAUCUUUCACGAACUGCUCUCAGCCAACCAGCUUCCUACAUUCCCAGAGGGUGCCUGUUUCCUCCUGGAGCCGCAGUCCACCAACUCCCUCCAGUCCAGAGACCAGUGAGACGUCAGGAGCCAACAGUUCCACCUCCAUGUCAUUGGUUAUUAAGAAUGAGAGUUUCAGAAAGGAGAGUUUUGUGAGUUUCUCCAUGAAACAAGCAUCAGAAAACCAAGUAGUGCAGCUGACGGGGUUCAAGCCAUCAGGUUGCUGAGCUGCAGAUGGAGCGCGUCCUGUUCCCAUUGACCACACACUCCUGCCAGGAAGGAGCAGGAUACACAUUAGAGGGACAACAUUGAAGGAAAGGAGUGUGAAGGAAAGCUGAACCUUCAUCUUUUCAGACCAGUAACACCCCAAGAGGAUUCAUUUAUGCCGUUACUAAAAUUUGCACAGAUCAUGAGGUGAUCUAUCAUUCUAUUAGUGUGUUCUGAGAAUCAUGUUUGCAUCCAGUUGACUUUUUUUAGAUUAUUUAGCUUAGAGACCCACCCUGAUGAUAAACCUUGUUUAGGGUGGUUUUAACAUUUUCUUGUGGCAUUUUUCUCAUGAUGGGGGACCUAUAUAAUGAAUAUUAAGAUUAAAAUCACAUUGAGUAUUUCUUUAUUUAAGUAAUUGUGAAUCAGGACCAGAUGAAAAAAAGAGCGUAAUUUUAGUAGAAAAUACAGUGGGUGGGCCACAAAUUCCCUGCUCCGCUCUAUUCCGAUGCAUCCACUUGGAGACAAAUGGGUCCAUGUACGUCUUUGUUUUCCUUGUAUGCUCUGGCAUCCGGCUCAACACUGUAAGACUGGAUAGCUUCGACAUUGCUCGCCAUUAUGUUGCACCGCAAAAUGUUAGCUUGGGGUUGUGAGGGGCUGUAAGCUAGCAGAAGAGGGUACAAACAAAGGGAUUGUGGGAAAUGAGCAGAGGCUCACGCACCAACUGUCCUGCUCACAGCUCAGAGGUGAAUUUCUGAUGAACUCUUCCUGCUCUCCAGAAACUAUGUCCUAGAAAACAACACAGGUUUUUAUUUUAUUUUUAUUUUAGCUAAAAAUCCUAAUUAAAAACCACUGGGAAAGCUUUUUAAUAGAUCAAAAGAUGAUUGGAGAGGGUCUUUAAAGUUAAACCUCCACUUAGUAUCUCUGACGCUGAACAUCCUGUCUUGCAGGAGAUUUGCUUCUCAUAUUUUAUGUUGUCUGAUGUAGAUUAUAGGUGCAAAGUCAUUAUUUUUGCUAUUUUAUGAAAGUAAAGUUAACUGUCUUCAGGGUUUGUCCUAUUUUCAGUACUUUUGCUGUUUAUGUUAGUUAUCUGAACAGCACAACUGGCUUUCAAUAAAAGUUACAAAUAAAAAAAACAGCUUUUUAUUUGAAAAUGAAUUAUUACGUUUUAUGUGUGCAAGAAUUGGGCUUAAUAUAUGGGAAAAUUGUGUUGCAUCUUGUCUUUCUAGUCCCCUCUUUUGCAUUUCAAAUCCAGUCAUAGUUUAGUUUUAUUUAGAAAGAUAAACAGUGAAAUGAAAGCCCACUGCAGUUUUACAAAGAAAAAAACGAUUCCUCAUAAACCUUAUUUCAGAUCAAAUGAGUGUGCAAUCAUGUAAACGGUUUUGAUCAUCAUGGUCGCACUUCAUUGGUGUUAUAAAAAUUCAAAUGUUUUCCCAACACUUAAUGUCCACGGUUCUGACAUGAAAUUGAUUUCAGAAUAAAAAACAAUCUGACAAUUGAAAUUUAUUGCAUUUAGCUGACUUUAGGGGGCAAACAGCAUUUGGUCAUUUAAACCUCUUAUUUGAAUUUAAUUGUUAAAUUAUUGUUUCACUGCUGUAGAACACUCCAUUUAACAUGAAAUCUAACAUGCAUGUGCUGUGAGGUGCUACUUAUAAAAACAAUGACAUCAGUUUAUUGCAGUUUAGCUUAACUAAUGCAAUUCAGCCUCUUUAUGUACAAAUAAUGCAUUUUAAAAUAUUGUCCCAGCUCUUCAAAGAGAAAACAAACUGGGCAGAAACUGUUCUAAUUAUCUUAUAACUCAUUAUGGUCUACUUCAGUGUCCUCACUUGAUAAAAACAUCAAAUCUCAUGUGGCUUAUUUAUUGUAUUAAUAUUUAACCUCUACCAAUGAAAACGGAUGUGUAUUAUUACAUGUAAUUAGCUAGGAAGUAGAGCUUUGUAGGACAACAGGGAAAGCACCAAGACCAUGUGCUAAACAUGCUUUCUUGAACGUACGUUUAAAAUGGAUGAUGGAAUGUAAAAAGGAGGGAGAGUGCCCAGUCAUCCCCAUACCAAGACCCCCACCCCCCCACCCCCGCAGCAGCAACGGCAGCUAGAACCCCCAACACCCACACUGUAGCAGAUAGAGAACAACCGCCCUCCGGCUCUUGGUCUUGUCAGAGAACUCAGGGAUCCCUCUCCCUGCGUGGAGAGAGAGCUGCCAGGCCCAGGUAGCCAGCACCCAAGGGACACCGCUGCCAUCGCCGAGGGCCUGGUACCCCCCUCCAGGGAUGGGGUAGGGGACAGAUGGUCCAAGAUCCCACCGCCCUUGUGAAAAACAUGUCUGUGUUUGUGAGGGUGUGUCUGUGUAUGUAUGUAGUAGAGCUGUGACGGUGUGGGAUUUUUGAUCACUGCGGGGAUGAACCAGCAGGGGGCGCAGUGUUGCGGUUAACCGUAGUGUACUAAGGGGGUGCAGUUAAAAUUGGCGGGUAGGGCGCUGAAAGGACAUCUGAUGCUUGAUGGCAGUGAUGUCCAAGCACCACUCUACCAAGGGUCCUACAUGUCUACGGUGCAAUUACAACCUGGGGGGGGCAAACUUGGUUUAACUUUCAACGUGCAUUAAAUGGCUUUUGUACAUGGAGCCAAAAACAGUCGUAAAAUCCUGCAUAGCACCGCAAGAGUUUUAGGGCGUAUACAGACUGGACACAUUUGGUUGGCUUAAGGUGAACCAGAGUUAAUUUGCCCCAAUGACAAAUUUUCAGUCUGAAUACACCCAAGCCGACCCUGGUCCGGGACCAGGAACCGCUCUCUGACCCAUCUUUAGAGGUGGUCUUGGUUCGUUUCCUCUGUCUGAAAAUGAUAUGUCCUAAGAACGGAACAGCUGGACCAAAAUGGCCACCGUAGCCAGUGGUCACGUGAUCUACACUGUCAGAAUGUAUCAACAGAUGAGCCGCGGACAAAUGUAACCCUGGUGCUAUCUUAGAUGACCCCACCCUUAAAUUGACGUGUUCUCCCUACCAUGACAGUAGUUAGUCAUAUCAUUAGUUUGAAGAAAAUAAAAGGCUGACCCGACCUCAGGUGACCUCUAAACACUGAGGACCAAAAAAAAAUAUUUCUUUUACUAAGAAUGAUAUCUUCCAACUCUUUAACCCUUGUGCUAUCUUAGAUGACUCCACCCUUACUUUGACGUGUUAUUCCUACCAUGACAAAGGUGGAUAAAGGUGGAAAGAUUUCAUAUAAUCCAUGGACACCAGUGAAGAUCACAAAUCAUUGAAGAAAAAUGGUUCAGAGCACUGUCUAGUGGGUCUAGAUGACCCAACUCCCAACGUUAAAGUGCCUAGGAUAGCACAAGGGUUAAAGCAACGAUUGCCGUGUUAUCAAAGAGGAAAAAAGGGUCCAAUCCUUCCUUACCUGUUACGUUUAUUUUAGCACAGCUGAAAAUGCAUUUUACAUGAUUUUAUGUGUCUCGUUAUGCAGCCUCCGCUGCUGUGAUGUUAUCCUAAAAACUACCUUGUAGUUCCUUAACAGAAAUCCCUCAAAACCCAAACACCACAACGAUGAGACACAGCAACUCAUGAUGAAUGCAAUGAGCCUGAUGAAUGCAGGCUCAUUGAAACAACUUGUAUCCUGAUCCACGUUGCUUCUCACCAUUUUGCCCUCAAUCUAUGUCAUAAACACUUAUCAGUGUAUCUUCUUAGACGUCUUCUUGCCAGUAACCGCCCUGCAGCGUGCCUUCACCGCACCAAAAAGCGAGUAAACAGGGUUAAGCCUAACAUAGAUACAGGCAUUUAAAAUUGGUCAGCAAAAUAUAAAGUUUAAAUGAACUUUCCUGACAAGAAUAGAUAGACACAGAUAAGCAAGAGGGGAAAAAAGUAGAAGCAGGAGUAAAAGAAGAGAAGGCAAAGUAGAUUAUUUUCCUGGUCUGCAGUGAGGUCAGUAUUGAGGACAGCUUCUUGUUUGCUUUCAUGAAAGUAUUAAUAAAAAGAUGAUCAGAACUUUUAAGUAUACUGAGAAAUUGCCCACUAAUUAAUCAAUUAAAUCUGUCUGAAUUUACAGCACAAAAUAAUCUGAAUACACAAAUUUUCAUUUUAAUUUGUUAAAAACAGGAAUGUGAGCAGAAGUUGGUAUGUGCCUCAUGUAAAAGCCCCAUUCACCUCAUUUCUUUGGCUCAUAAAAUACUUUAAUUACUUUCAGCAUGAGAAUAAAUGAAAUGAUUUGCACUUGCCAUCUGCAUUUUGUGUUUUGCAGAUGUUGGAAAUAAAAACAUUGCGUUUUUGAGAUUUUUUUUCCCCUUUUUGUUUCACUUGAACAAUGAUGUGGCAGAAGUGGCCCCUGGUUCCUUUGACGGUUAAAAACCCACUCCAAAUAAAGUUGUGUUUUUAACGUUU